GACUUAGGUGCACAGACCCAUCCUACUUUGCACAGCAUGGAAGCCAAUUGGUUCAGAGGUCUGGGGCUGGGAAUUUUGGAAAGUAUUCUUUUCGAUUCUUUGCACAGCACCCUGCUGACAGAGUCAUACACACACACAUGUCUACACAGCCUUUCUCUGUCUCUCUCAGUCUCACACACACACACUCACAGCACUUGCACACUCUAGCACUCACACAGCAAGCAUUUGUCCUGUAGAUAGAAUCAAAGCAAAGACACACACAUUUACAAGACGUGUCUCUCUCACACAUUCACAACAACCUGUCCACAAGGCACACAGCCAAUCUCUAUCUUACAUAUACUCAAACAUCCUCUGAAGGAUUUAACCCAAUCACUGCUGUUUGUAGGAUUAUGACAAGAGGGAACAUUUCUUACUGAUGUCGGAGAGCUCCAGUCAGCUCCUGAGAAAACAACAUAUUGUCUCCAGUUCACAGAAAAGCAUUAAUGAAGGCUUGUUACUGAAGCAGACCAGCUCAUUCCAGAGGUGGAAGAAAAGAUACUUUAAGCUCAGAGGACGAACUCUAUACUGGGCCAAGGAUUCAAAGUCCUUAAUAUUCGAUGAGGUUGACCUGUCUAAUGCCAGUGUUGCUGAGACCAGCACUAAAAACAUUAACAACAGUUUUACCAUCAUUACGCCUUUCCGAAAAUUAAUCCUGUGUGCAGAGAAUAGGAAAGAGAUGGAGGAUUGGAUUACUGCACUGAAGUCUGUCCAAAAACUUGAGAAUUAUGAGGCCAGCCAGCUGAACAUGGAGCAUUUCUCAGGGAUGCACAACUGGUACACGACAUCCCACGCCCGCCCCACCUUCUGCAAUGUCUGCCGGGAGGCCCUGUCAGGAAUGACUUCUCACGGGCUCUCUUGUGAAGUGUGUAAGUUUAAAGCUCACAAACGAUGUGCUGUUAGAGCGUUCAACAACUGCAAAUGGACCACACUGGCCUCUGUAGGAAGUGAUAUCAUUGAAAAUGAGGAUGGGGUUGCCAUGCCUCACCAGUGGCUGGAGGGGAACCUGCCCGUCAGUGCCCGAUGUGCUGUCUGUGAUAAAACCUGUGGCAGUGUCCGGAGACUGCAGGACUGGAGGUGCCUGUGGUGCAAAGCAAUUGUCCACAAUAUAUGCAAGGAGCAGUUAGACAGGAAAUGCCCGCUGGGCCAGUGCAAGCUGUCUGUCAUUCCUCCAACAGCCCUGAACAGCAUCGACCCAGACGGGUUCUGGAAGGCCACUUGCUCCUCAUCCUGCAGCAGUCCCCUCCUGGUCCUGGUGAAUUCCAAAAGUGGUGAUAACCAGGGAGUGAAGUUCCUCAGGAAGUUCAAACAGCUGCUGAACCCAGCGCAGGUAUUCGACCUGAUGAUUGGUGGGCCCCACCUCGGCCUCCGUCUGUUCCAGAAGUUCUCCACAUUCCGAAUUCUGGCCUGCGGAGGAGAUGGGAGCGUGGGCUGGGUCUUGUCUGAAAUCGAUAAAAUGGGUUUACACAAACAGUGUAAGCUGGGCGUGCUGCCCCUGGGGACAGGCAAUGACCUGGCGAGGGUACUCGGCUGGGGUGGACUAUGUGACGACGAUGCACAGCUUCCUCAGGUUGUGGCCAAACUGGAGCGUGCCACCACCAAGAUGUUGGACAGGUGGAGCAUCAUGACUUACGAAGCAGCCACGAAACCACUUCCCAUCAUAACGGGAGAUGAAGUUUACAAUUCCCAGGAUCCAAUCUCUCAAUACGCCGAUUCAGUUGUUUAUCAUUUAACAAAAGUCCUCGAUUCCGAUCAACACUCUGAUGUGAUUUCCUCUGCCAGGUUUCUCUGUGGGACAGUAAGUGACUUCAUUGCUGAGGUUGGUAAAGCCUACAAGAAAGCUGAGGAUAACAAGGAAGAAGCUGACACCAUGGCCAACAAGUGUGCCACGUUAACCCAGAAGCUGGACUCAUUGGUGAAGGCUCUGACUGAUGAGGCACAAGCUGUUAUUGUCCCCGCUGGCAUCUCCCCACCGACCACUACUGGACAGGAAAAGAAGCAAUGGAGAGAAAAUGGAGGGCACCCAGAAAAGGCUCCAGAUGCAAACGCUGUACCCAAAAUCUUCAAGUCAAAGGAGCAACUUAUGUUGCGAGCCAACAGCUUGAAGAAAGCACUGCGACAGAUUAUCGAACAAACAGAAAAAGUGCUGGAUGAACAAAACAGACAGAGUCAGGUGAUACGCAGCUCAUCUGCAAACUUUAACCUUCUUGGCACUUCAGUCGAGGGAGAGAGUUCCGAGGAGCUGAGACCAAAAGCAGGCGGGACAGGGGGAAGAAGAGGAACAGUGACUUCGAUGACAUCAACCAUAUUCCUUGACCAAUCUGAUGGAACCAGCACUCUCAGUUUCCCCGAAGAUCCCAGUACAAUGUCUUUCUCUGAGAGGUGCGUCAUGAACAACUAUUUUGGAAUUGGACUAGAUGCAAAAAUAUCACUGGAGUUCAACAACAAGAGGGAAGAACAUCCGAAAAAGUGCAGGAGCCGGACUAAGAAUAUGAUGUGGUACGGAGUGCUUGGCACCAAAGAACUUCUUCAGAGAACGUACAAGAAUUUAGAACAGAGAGUUCACCUGGAGUGUGAUGGAGUGUCCAUCUCACUCCCUAGUCUCCAGGGGCUAGCAGUGCUUAACAUCCCCAGUUACGCUGGUGGGAUCAACUUCUGGGGAGGAACAAAGGAGAAUGAUAAUUAUGGGGCACCAUCCUUCGAUGACAAGAAGCUGGAGGUUGUGGCCGUGUUUGGCAGCAUCCAGAUGGCGGUUUCCAGGGUCAUCAAUCUGCAGUAUCACCGGAUAGCCCAGUGUCGUAUGGUGAAGAUUACCAUCAGUGGGGAUGAGGGAGUGCCAGUUCAGGUGGAUGGUGAAGCCUGGAUCCAACCUCCAGGAAUUAUCAAGAUACAACAUAAGAACAGGGCCCAAAUGUUAACAAGAGACAGGGCCUUUGAAAGCACUUUGAAGUCUUGGGAAGACAAACGGAAAGGAGACUCCCUGAGACAGGUGACUCGGGCCCGCCUGAGCUCUCAGCAGUCCAUGGAAUUUCUCACGGAGGACGAGAUGGCUGAGAUGCAGCAGUUUGCACAGUCAGCAGAAACACUGAUCAACAGGAUCCACCAUGCAGCUGAGAGACAGAAGAUCAUUGAGCAGGAGUUGGCCCAUGCAGUCAAUGGAUGCUCCCAUGUACUUAGUGAAGUCUUGCCAAAGCAAAAUACUCCUGAGGCUAUGAGCAGGAAUGCAGUUGUGGAUGUCUUCAGUAGUGUAAAAGCCCUGUGCACAGAGACAAAGGCGCUUCUCGAUGGGAAAUUACUGGAGUUGGAGGCCCCCUUUGAAGAGGAAUUGCAGACUUCGCUAAGUGAUGUUGAGAAUGAUCUCCAGAAGCUGGCUGAGCUCCACUGGCUGGGGCAUGUUAUCCAGACAAGUGAUGUGGAGGAGCAUUCGAAGGGAAGCAACAAGAGCAGCAUUAAGAUAAGAAUAAAGAACAUGUCGAGGAAGGAGAAACUCCAGAAGCAAAAGUCAAACAGUUCUUUGCUGGGAUCCGGGGACAACCAAGGUGGGCCACAGGACACGUAUACUGCAUGGUAUUAAAGAGAUCGGUCAAAUUGCAGUCACCUCUGAUUUGUAGCAACCAGACAAGCAACCAGAGGGCGAUUGUUGCUGAAAUAUUUCAAGUACUGUAAUGGGAUGUGUUUCUGCAUUUGAUUUUUGAUUCUUCAUGGGCUGCUUGCCUGACUUUGCUGCCUAGAGGACAUCAGUAGUACUCCCAUGUUGUUGAAUGUCAAAGAGAAUGAACUUCUUCCCUGUGCAAUUCCUCCUUAAGGCUUCGGCACUGCAUGGCCAGGCACAUCUCACAACCUAUCCCACCUGUUGAUCAUGGCUGCAGGGGUCGCCAUUGUAACUGCUGCAAAACUGUGACUAACAGGAACCUCCGUCUGGAGUACAGGAGCUUCUCGAUGGCAGGGAGUCACAUAGUCGAUCGUCCAUGAAUAGAACUGAUCUUUGCUCAAAGUGUUGGAGCACUGCCACAUGGGUGCAAUUCUCUGUGUCUGUGGCUCCAAUCAGAUUUAAUCUGAAACAUUGAAUUCGUCGUCCGCAAGAAGGUGGAUCAUUCAUUGGCCCAGGCCUGUGAUUCCAACAGUCAAAACUCAUGACUUUGUGACUGACUCAAUGCCUUUAUAAUGUUGGGGAGCUGUCAUUUAAUUCAGAACUUGAAGUUAUGCUUUCACCCUGAAUGGUGGGAAGCCUUCAUUAAUAUUGCCCACCAUGAACCAUCACCAUUUCAAGCCAUGUCCUCUGCUUCACAGUGGUUACAGGGCAAGCACAAGACAUAGCUCCCUUACCUGAUGGACUCUGACAAUGAAGGUUCAUGUGGCUAUGGAAUUAUCCUGAUAAAUCUAUGGUACCAUGUUAUGGUGACAAUCAAAACGUCAAUCUUUACCAAAGUGUGAUUCCUGCUCGGUGUGCUGCCGUGUCCCGAGUGCUGGUGAAUAGUGUUCAUGUCCAAGCAAGUUAUUCAUUGUGCUAAAGAGUAGGGACUGAAUGUAUGAAUCACAGCACAGUUCAGCAGUGCUAUCUAAGGAUGAGGGCCAUCGAGACAUUCAGCUAGAAAUUAGCUACCCCUUUAAAGGAGAGGGGAUGAUUUUCACUGAUCACCUUCCCCUCGUACAGUCUGCAAAUCAUGGACUCCGUCUCCUUUUAGGAGUGUUUAUUCGGGGACAGUGUACAGGAAGCUUUAUUCUGUGACUAGCCCUGUGCUGAAUAUGUCCUGGGAGUGUUUGAUGGGGAUAGUGUAGAAAAGGCUUUACUCUGUAUCUAACCCCGUGCUGUCCCUGUCCUGGGAGUGUUUGAAAGGGAUUGUAUAGCAGAGGCUUUACUCUGUACCUAACUGGGAAUAUCCAGAUGCAGAAUUAGCUUUAGCAUACCUGAAAGUCUUCAACUUCCCAACAUAGUCAGUACUUCCUGUGACUUCCACCGAUAUGCUCACAAUACAUGAUUGAUAUUAAAUGUCAUGGUUUUAAAAUGUAUUUUUAUGGGAGUCAUCAGAUUAUUCCAUGAUCUGCAAGUCCCCACGUGGAGUAGCAUCCACACCAAGCACUUCCUCCAGUGCACAUUUCCUGGAUGUGUUACCUGGAUUCUGGCAGAAUCCUCCUUGGCUGGGUCAGUUCCUGGUCCUAGGAGCAACGAGAAAAUUGCUGUUUGAUUUUUCCAAUCGUCCUGAGAGCAGCUCACUCUGACCCUAUUUUAGGAUUGCUUAGUUUGCAGCAUUUAACAGGAACGUUGCUCAGCAACAUAACUUUGCCCAGUGGCCUCUGAUCUUGGAGAGCCACUGGUGGACAUACUCUGGCCUGCUUCAUGGAGUAGUGACUGUAAAACUGGAGUUGGCACCUCUGCUUCCCCUCGUCACACUCAAAGCGCAUGCUGUCAGCUCUGCUGCAACUGCUGUAUAUUGUGCAAACAGCCAAACCCUUUCACCAUUCUCUAUUGGGUUGCCAUAAACCACAGUCACCGGGUUACUUGCUGUAAAUUUAAUUGUGUGACUGGGGCCUCAAUGUGUCUCUCUUUCCCAUCUUUUGUGUCAGGAUGGGACGGGUACAUUAUCUCAUUUUCUCAUUAUCUCACACGUAUAACUUGAAUAUCAUCUCAGACUUGUACACAUUGUCUCACAGCUGAGUUUAGUACUGGGGGAAGUGCACCUAUGUUGAAAGUGCUUCCUUUUUGAUGCAAUGUUAAGACAAGGCAAUACCUGCUUGCUCAGAUUCAUGUGAAAGAUCCCACGGCGCUAUUGGAAGAGCAGCAGAAGGUGGAGUGGGGUGGGAGCUGGGACAAAUCACCAAACCCUUGCCCACCAUUUAUCCCUGAACCAAUCUCUGGAUCCAAUUGUCUGGUCAUUAUUGCAGUGCUGUUUAUGAGAUCUUGCUGUGUAUAUGUUGGCUGCUGCAUUUCCUACAUUAGAACAGACUAUGCUUCAGAACUACCUAAUUCGCUGUAAGGCGCUUUGGAACACCCUUGAUCCAGGGGAGAUUUGACUUAAAUGAAUGUUCUUUAUUGAAUUCCUACAUUCGCCUUAGCCUCUUCCCGCUCUGAGCUGGGAAUGUGACUGAAACGUUGUCUUCAACGUGGCUCAGUAACGUCUUGGUGAGUGUCUGUGCUUUGCGAACCCCCGACUGUGCUCCACAUUGUUUACAUCUGUAUGUAGCACUUUGGUUGUAUAAAGAGCAAACCCAGGAGAUUUAUUUAUUGUUUGAUGCCUAAGAGAUGAUUUAUAAAGAAAUUCCUUUAAUUUUGUUUUGCACAUGUGGAAUGAGGUCAAAGGUACUUCAUUGUAAUAAAACAAAACCUCAGAGAUGA